AGCUACAGUUACCUUUGAUUUUAAUAAAAGCUGUGUAGGAGUAAUAAAAAUCUGUAAGAGACUCGCAGCCCCAAUCACCGUCGUUGUUAUUCGAGCGGAUCCGAUUCAAUCCAAUUUGAUAGUUUUAGACAUGGUUCGUCUUCAACUAGAUCCGUUUCUUAAUGAACUUACAAGCAUGUUUGAGCGCAAUACUGAGCAGGGUUCAGUUUGGGUCACUUUAAAACGAUCAUCUGAUAAAUCCAAGGCUCAACUGAAUAAAUUGAUAUCAGCAGAAGAAGCAAUUGAGCACAAGUGUCUUGUUCGGGCAUCUGAUGGAAAGAAGAACAUCUCCACUUUGGUUGGUGCAAAGGAUCAUCAACGCUUUCAGGCUUCUUAUGCAACAAUCUUAAAGGCACGCAUGACUGCCCUGAAGAAAAGGGAGAGGAAAGACAAGAGAAAAUCUUUGGAGGUGGACAAAAAACAAGGUGGUGGCUCAAAGAAGGGCCCUUCUAAGAAGACUUAAGUUUUUUUUUCCCCAAAUUUUCAUUCUUUUGGACAUCCAAUCUAAGAUGAGAUCAAAAGCCUAGCGGACAUCACAUUUAAGUGUAUCACCUUAUGCUACAAGUUUUACAGAAUGUAUCCCCUUUAGCUACAAACUAUAGUUUAAUUUCAUUAAGACAAGGGUUUGGGUUUGGCAAGAGCCUGCAAUCUUGCCAUCAGAUAUUUGAUACCGUCCAUCAACAGUGUAGGAUGGUGUAAAAGAUGAAACGUAGCUCCGUAGAACUUUUCUCUGUUUUUGUUUUUUGAACUGAAUUUUCAUUUCUUAAGCCAUAGCCAUCUAUUUGACAAUAUAUUUGCCGGAA